UGCCACGCAUCCGUACCAACAUGUUCCUUGAAGCGUCUGUGUGAAGAGACUGCGGAGAAACAUCACCCCGGGCAGUCAGUGUGAGCGCAUUUUAAUUGCAGCGCUAAAAGGUUCACGAUGCCCCUGCAUGGAAACUGGCUUUUCUUUCGAGCAUCCUUUGUGUUGUUGUUGUCGUCAUGGAGAGCUUGUUACUGUGGCAAGAUUCUAGUGGUCCCAUUCGAGGGCAGCCACUGGGUGAACAUGGAGGUCCUGAUUAAAGCGCUCCAUUCUCACGGACACUCCGUGGACGUGAUUCGGACCGACAAGAGCUGGUACAUCAAGGACGGCAUGCCGCACUACAGCCCCAUCACGGUGUCCGUCACCGAAGCGUUCGACCCGGCCUUUGUCGACUCCCUGUUGAAAACGACUUUUGCUCUGGAGCGGGAGGGAAGCUCAGUGAUGAACUUUGUGCGUCUGCAGCUUCAAAUGUUUGAAGCUAUGUUCGGUACGGGCAAGAUCAUGUGCACAUUGACCAGUGCCAUAUUACAAGACGACAAUUUAAUGGCUCGUCUGAAGGAGCGUCGGUAUGACCUGCUCCUCACUGACCCCGCUUUGGGCACGGGUGUCAUUUUGGCUCAUGCUCUACAGUUACCUUUGGUUUAUAAUGUGCGCUGGGUGAUGUGCAAGGAGGGACAUCUGGUCUUGGCGCCUUCGCCUUUGUCUUACGUUCCCAUGACUGGCUCUCGACUGUCUGAUAAGAUGACUUUUCUUCAGAGGAUCAAGAAUCUUGUUUACUUUGUCAGCGGGGAAGCUCUGUACACCUUUACCAUCAUACCGCAAUAUCAGGCUGUUUGCAACCAGUUCUUUGGCCCAGAGGUGAGAUAUGAUGAACUUCUUCAAAAAGCAGACGUGUGGCUCAUGAGAGCAGAUUUUGUCUUUGAGUUUCCUCGCCCUACCAUGCCCAACGUCAUCUACAUAGGAGGUUUCCAAUGUAAGCCUGCAGAACCUCUUCCCAACCACCUGGAGGAAUUUGUGCAGAGUUCUGGACAACACGGAGUCAUCAUCAUGUCUUUGGGGACUCUCAUUGGGGAACUUCCAAGCUACUUCGCUGAUGAAAUUGCGGCGGCUUUCGCUAAGCUCCCCCAGAAGGUCAUCUGGAGCUACAGAGGAACAAAACCUUCCACUUUGGACACCAACACUCUCAUAGUAGAUUGGAUGCCGCAGAACGACCUCCUGGGACAUCACAAAGUGAAGCUCUUCGUGGCUCAUGGUGGGACGAACGGUGUCCAAGAAGCGAUUUACCACGGCAUUCCAGUAGUGGGAAUACCCUUCUUUUUUGACCAGCAUGACAACCUUUUGCGCCUCACGGAGAGAGGAGCGGCUGUGGUGGUCACGUUAGCCUCGAUGGAUAAAGAUGACAGCUUCCUUAAGGCCCUACAGGAAGUUCUUACCAAUCCGUCCUACAGUAACAGCAUGCAGAGACUGUCCAGGCUGCACAGAGAUCAGCCCAUCCCGCCGCUCGACAGCGCCCUCUUCUGGAUUGAGUUUGUCAUGAGGCACAAGGGCGCAGCUCACCUGAGGACCGAGUCCUACAAGCUGCCGUGGUACGCCUACUACAAUGUGGACAUUGUCGUUACUUUCUUUACAACGGCAGCAGUGAUGUUUUUGCUUCCGGUUGUGUUUUUGAGGACACAUGUCUUCAAAACAAAUCGAAAAUGAGCUGCUGCUUUGCCCUACGGUAUUAUGAGCAAUCACACAAUUUAGUGAUGUGUCUCUCCAAAUUGUUGAUGAUAAUAUCAAUAAUUGUAUGUUAGAUUGUCAAAACCUUUGUAGUGUGUGUGUGUGUGUGUGUGUGC